UGGGCCGUGCCUGGUCGACAUACUACUGACGUCUCUCCAUAUAUACACAGUUCCCAUAGGCCAGUCGAAUGUUGUCGUGUGUAGUAUAUUUCCGUGGAUAUAUAAGAUAGGCUGACCCUCUCUUGGGUGCACCCCAGUCCCAUUUCUCUGGCUGUUGAUGACUGCUGCUGUUCUCAAGCUGCCGAGGAAACUGCUAACAACAAACAAAUGAAACAAAGUACAAUCGCCAUGUUGACCAUCGCUCUUUUAAUAACUGUCCUAUUCGGCCUGGUAUCGUCAAAGCCGUCGCCGGCCGCCAAUUACCAUCACGGCACCGAUAUCGUGACCGAAAUUCUACAAUCCAUCGACAGAAGGGAGGAGAUGUGGAAGAUCACCAAUUACCUGAACGCAUCCCGGGAAGAACUGGCAAAAGCGUUGCCCCUCGUCAGCCCUGAUGGGACGAAAAUCAACUACACAUUUUUCGCUCCGACGUCGAAUGCCUUUGUGACGCAAACUCCGCAAGACGCCAUCGAUCCGCUGAUUGAUGCCGAUUUUCGACUGAAGGUCCUCGUUCGUCAUUUUGUUCGCCGGCACAUCUCGACUGACGAUUUGAUUAAACUGGACAAGCUCGUCAUGGCCGAUUCAGCAGAGGCCGCCAUCAACAGGAAGAGCACGGUCGAAGCGUGCGAUCUGCCACCAGUUGCCAAACAGAACACCGCCACUUGUUUGGCUUACUUUCCGUCAUGGACGUUCGACUCGAAAUCGGGAAAGUGCAAACAGUAUGUUUACGGCGGCUGUCAUAAAACGGAGAAUCUAUACGAAACGGAAGCCGACUGUUUAUCCAAAUGCGGACCGGCAGUCAAUUCCGUCAAGACGUUUAUCAAUAAAGCCGAAAUCCUAACUGAAGCCUGCGCUUGCAGUGAACUCGUCCACGAUUUCUGUACCAUCUUCGUUGUCGAUCGCGUCUUCAUGACUGGAGACGAAGUCAUCGAGAUCCUCGGCAAAUAUCCUCCCACCGGCCCGAAAGGCCCUUUGUAUUCGCCAUGCGAUAAAACGCCGGCGGAUGAGGCGGAGAAUAAGACCAGCAGCAGCCACACCCGCAACAUUCCGCUGCGCACCACUCCGCUCGAACCGAUCAAUCCGAUUUUCGUCGAUUACGUCAACGUUUCGCCCAGCCAAGCCGACGUCCAGGAGAUUGCCCAAUUCGCUGUAGAGGAACUGAGUCGAGGUGCCCACUCUAUGGCGUCUCCACUCGUAUUGGUCAGCGUCGUUAAAGCUGAAAAGCAAACCCUGGCCGGAAUUAAUUAUCGACUCAAAAUGGAGCUGAAGAGUGACGAAAUCGGUGCCACCGUGUGCGACGUGGUGAUUUUUGACCAACCCUGUUCGUCGACCUGUCGAGUUAGCUCCUUUAAAUGCAAUCCACCUCUGGGCGGCAGCAGCGCUUCUUACAAGAAAUAAAUAAGAAACGAAAUCAUGAAUUAUUUUGUCUUGAUUUGGUGUCGCUAACCAACAUUCAAUUUUUUGAAUUUUUCUUGGCUUAUUAUCAUUCCCAAAAAGAUUGUAUACCCCCCUUCGUUUGUUUGUUAGCUAGUAUUGGGUGCCACAGCGUAUAGCUUUACAAAGGGCUACUAUAUAUAUGGCCUUAUACGGAGUACUAUUUAAAGAAAAAUAUACUCUCAUAGUAAUUUAAAUGAAUACAUAGCCCGUUGGGCUUCUUA